GAAAAACGGGUCCAGUCCGUCCCUGCUUUGCGUGUGUGUGUGGUUAGGGAGUAACAGUCAAAGAUCGUCCAAAUACCUGAAAAGAGUAUCCUCAUGUACAGUCAUUUUCCUCCACAGCAAAUUAUUAUUCAUGAUUCUGCAAUGAUUCACCAUAUUUCAGGAAUAACCGUAAAAUGCUUUUAUUUUGACAACGUUGGUGGGAAGUAAAUAGGUUGCCUAUUAAUACUUGACGUUGAUUUGCUUGCGAUUUAAAUCUUCUUUACAGUCAAUGGACGCUCACCGGAGGCCAAUAUGACCAAGCGAGCUUGUGGACCUCUCCAUAUCAUCCGAUCCUCCCAUUAGCAAGGUUUUCUGCCUUCAUAGUUGACCGAAUCGGAGGAAAUGCAGACACUUUCAUUUGGCAUCCAUCAUUUGGUCGGAUGUGCUGAGGAUGUACUGUAAGCGGUCGAUGAGUGUUUUCGUUUUUUGUUCGUUUUUGCUUCGAAUUUCAUCCAAUUUUUGGUGAUUAUUUAGUGUUGAGGAGCGUCACGUUUAUCACGGCUUUUGAUGACCUACUUCAUACGAUGCGGAAAAUAUCUUGGGAGGAGAGCUUUACAGCACGAUACCGCCUCAAAGGAGAGGACGCCUAACAUUUUCGGAAUGAACGCGGAAUGAAGAUAAAAGAUGGAUGUAUUUGGAGGAUUACUAAUCAUUUUCCCAGCCAGUUUUAUUGCCUGCAUAUCAGCCCAGCAAAGUCCACCAAAAAUGCAUGAAGGCUGGUGGGCUUACAAGGAGAUGGUACAGGGAAACUUUGUUCCAGUUCCAUCUUUCUGGGGCCUGGUCAACUCAGCUUGGAACUUGUGCUCAGUGGGGAAGAGACAAUCGCCCGUCAACAUUGAGACCAGUCACAUGAUCUUUGACCCUUAUCUCACAUCUAUGAAACUCAAUACUGGUGGACUCAAGAUGAGGGGGACGAUGUAUAAUACAGGUCGCCAUGUUUCUGUGCGAUUGGACAAGGAGCAUCUUGUUAAUAUCUCUGGCGGGCCAAUGAUGUACAGUCAUCGUCUGGAGGAGAUUCGGCUACACUUCGGUAGUGAAGACAAUCAGGGCUCCGAACACCUGCUUAAUGGACAGGCUUUCUCUGGGGAGGUUCAGCUGAUCCACUACAAUCAUGAGUUGUAUACAAAUUUUACCGAAGCUGCCAAAAGCCCCAACGGACUAGUCAUCGUGUCCAUAUUCAUGAAAGUAUCGGAAACAUCGAACAGUUUCCUAAAUCGAUUGCUUAACAGAGACAUCAUCACAAGAGUUACAUAUAAAAAUGAUGCUUAUCUUCUGACGGGACUAAACAUAGAGGAGAUCUAUCCGGAGACAAGUAGUUUUAUCACUUACGAUGGCUCAAUGACCAUCCCUCCAUGUUUUGAAACGGCCACGUGGAUUCUGAUGAAUAAGCCAGUUUACGUCACACGCAUGCAGAUGCACUCUUUGCGCCUUCUGAGCCAAAAUCAACCAUCUCAGAUCUUCCUGAGCAUGAGCGAUAAUGUCCGUCCAAUUCAGCCGCUGAUCAACCGCUGCAUCCGCACCAAUAUCAACUUUAGCAUGCAGAGCAAAGAUUGUCCAAACAAUAGAGUUCAUAAGCUUCAGUACAGAGUGAAUGGAUGGUUACUAAAUUAGGAUCCUUCUGCAGAGACAAAUGGUGGCGAUGAAGGAAAACAAAGCAAUGGAGGACACUUGUGAGAACAGGCAUAGCCUAUCAUCUAAGAUGAUUUGAAGGAAUUGUACCGCAACAAAAUGUCUUUUGUGUCAAAAAAUAUGGAUUUUUGUGAAGCAUGCAGAGGGACUCUGCUUUAUAGUAUAACUGCAUUUCACAUACACAUAAUACAGGGUUCUCAUGGAUCCUUCAAAAGUCUUAAAAGUUAUUGAUACUAUUUUAAUUGGCAUCAAAAUGUCUUUAAUCCAAUUUUUCAAGCCAGCUUUCACGCCGUGUAACCAAACAAUGGCACUGUAAAAACAAUGAAAUUCAGGGAGAAUCUUGACUUCUUAAAUGUUUAUUUUGUAGUUUCAACAAAACAGAUACGACUUCCCGAUUCUCUACGUUGUUACCCCCAAAUCCCACAGCUCAGCUCUGAUCUGUUGCAGUCAACACUCUACUAUAAAGCCACCACAAGAACACACAAUGCUUAAAGGUAUGAGAGGGAAACACAUGCAAAAAGUAUUUUGAGGGAAUGAAAAAGUCAUAAAAGACUCAAUAAAAACAAAAAUUGAUUCAACGGAUGUGCGCGUGCGCAUUGGGCUUUGCGUAGAUGUCUCACCGGGGAGGAAGGAAUUGCAGAACACCGGAUCUUACCAGAGGUGGGUAGAGCAGCCAAAUAUUUUACUCAAGUUAGAGUAGGGUUACUUCAAAAUAAUAUUACAAAAGUAAAAAUAAAGUAGUCACCCAAAAAAUGUACUCAAGUACAAGUAAAAAAGUAUUUUGUGAAAAGAAUACUCAAGUAAUGAGUAAAAUUGUGAGUGACUACUUACAUUUAAAAAAAAAAAAAUUAUGUAUUUUUUCUUUCAGCGCACUUAUCUAUAUGAACUGUUGUUAUAGUGCUACUGUACAAUAACCCAUUACAUAACCACAUUGAGCCAAAAGAAAAAAAAAAAAAAAUCAGUAAAUUCCGACGACAGAAAAAAAAAAAAAUGACAGAAAGCAUUAUUCGUCCAAAGAGCAGGAGUGCCCUCUAGUGGAGAAAAUUGUUCCUAGUUUUAAUAGUGAAUAGUUCCUCCAUAGUUACUAUUAUGAAAUUAAAAGGAUCAUUACCCCAGUUUUCCGUGGUCAGUCGGUGCCAAAUAAUAACUGACAGAGAGCUUUAAAUCAGUUUUUUUGAGUCAUGUUAAGGGCAGCGCUCUAUGUGAAAUGCUUCCUUUUUUACAGUGCUUCAAAGACACCAUGUGAUUGAACAGGCUGUCAUGAUCAUAGAACGGCAAGCUUGCGUCUGAUUGGUGUAAUGGAGUCAUGUAAUUAUUGAUGCGACGUCUCAUUGGUGAAAUUGGUAGGGAUACUCUUGGCAUCACUGGCAAAAAAAAAAAUCUAAUAUGAGGAAUAAAGAGGAAAAAUGAAACAACUCUUGUGUGGCCCAAAGUAGGGGAGUAAGCGUAGCGUUUUUUCUUCCUCACAAAUCUAUUCUACUAAAAGUAAAAAGUAUGGCUUAGUAAAACUACUCUUAGAAGUACAUUUUUCUCAAAAAGUUACUCAAUUAAAUGUAAUGGAGUACAUGUAACUCAUUACUACCCACCUCUGGUCCUUACACCCGCGGGUGCAUGCACAAAAUGGAGGCGAGCACGUUCCAUUUCCUGUUUGGUGCGUGCUAAACGGCAGGAGUUCCGGCCGCAGGUUGACAGACCAGAAAACAGAUCUCAUCCGUAUUUUUAGUUUGACGGACCGGAGAGCGGAUCUGGAUCUGAGCUGAGCGGAUGAUUUUCACCACCCCGUAAUGAUUAAAAUAGAAACCUAUUUGUUGCGUCGUUCAAAACGAAGCGAGACUGAGCGGACACGGACUAUAUGGAAUUUGGGGGUGAAUGUUACUUUUAGCAAUGACUGGAUCAGACUACUUGACGUCCUGUCAUGCCUCCCUCUCCCCCAAAAGUUGAGUUUGUUGGUCCUAAACUUCAAACAUCAUUAAAAAGACUGAAAUUAAAGUCUUGAAUGUAACUUGCCUUGAGCUGUAGGAACCCUGUAGUACCUACCUCUGGCAAAAGUCUGGACACCAUUAUGUUUGAAUCAGAACGCGACAAACUUGUUAGAUAACAGAACCUGGUUCUUCUCUGAAAUAAAUAUUUAUGUUGUUGUCAGUCUAAAUAAGUUCAUUUUGUGACAUUUCACCCAUAGUUUGGAAGGUAAAUGCAUAAAAUACAUGUUUGUAUGGCGCUUAUGAUCAUCCAGUGUUCUGGUCUCAUUUGUAUUCAUUUGGAUUAUAACUAUAAGUAUGACUGAAUGUAUUCAUAAUUAUUGUUGUGCAAUGGAGCAAAACAUUGGAAAACUUGCACAAUUGUUGCCUUUAUUAUAUCUUAUUGGCCCAAUGAACUGGUCUACAAAAAUCUUUUUACAAAUAAGGAUAAAAUGUUCUUUAUUUGUCGAAUAUACAAUGUACAGGGACUUACAUUUUCUUACUUUUACUGAAUAUUUCCCUGAGAAGGUGGUCAGCGACUGUGCAAUACUUGGUAGACCAAUUCCAUUUGUGUCAGUACUUUAGUCAAAGAAACUGCCUACAGAAGAAAAAAACUCAGACAUUUGGACUAGCAUGGACACUCAGUGGCAAAUAAUACAGUGAUCCCUCGCUACUUGGCGAUUCAUGAUUCGCGGCUUCAGUGCAUUGCUGGGUUUUAAAAAGUAUUUAUCAAAAAAAAAAAAAAAAAUACAGUUUCAUGUUGAUGUGCGAGAGAGCAGCAUGCCAAACAAAGGGGUGAAUUGACUCAGAGGCAGAGGUGGGUAGAGCAGCCAAAAAUUUGACUCGAGUAAGAGUAGCGUUAUUUCAAAAUAUUACUCAAGCAGUCAUCCAAAAAUUGUACUCAACUACAAAAAGUAUUUUGUGAAAAGAAUACUCAAGCAAUGGCUCAGAUUUUUUUUUCUUAGCACAAUGUCAUCUACAGUAGAUGAACUGUUAUUAUUGUUAUGGACCUAUUACAUUACCGUGUAGGACAUAAAUAGCAUUGAAUUCAGACUAAAAGAUUAUCAACAGAAAUUAAACAGCACCUGUACAAAGAGCAUGACGUCUAGUGGAGAAAAAUUUCCUACUAUGAAAUUAAAAUGAUCCUAUCUCCGGUUUUCCCUGGUCUUUUGGUUUCAAAUAAAUACUGGGAGAAAGCGUGAAAUCCACCCCUUUGAGAUUUUGCGACGCCGUCACCAUUACUGAGGAUGCGAAGAGGCGCAUCACUACAAUUUGGUUCAUUGAAGGGCGAGCUGUCUGAGUUUGUCAAACAUCAGCUGCCUGGAGGGAGCAGGACGGGAGGGGGAGGAGGUGGUGAAGCCGUUACAAACCCGAUGAUAAUUGGCUAGGUGGGCGGAUCACGCCCUGCUUAGGCUGUCUCACUGCACACUCUGGCAAACACAACAAGACAGCGAUGAUGGUGACGGGCCAGGAAUUUCAAAGGUCGCGUUCUUAAACUGGGAGUACCGGCACUACUUCUCGCUCAUUGAAAUUAAAGGCAAGAAUGUUUACGUAACAUGUUUUAAAGUACUGUAUAUAGUGUUUUUAUUCUUCAGUCAGUUAAUAUAAAUAUCUUUAAUGUGAAAGAUGUCAUAGAAUGCAUAAUGUAAUAAUGUGUAGAACAUGAAAAGUAACGUCAGUUACUUUACUGAGUAACUAAUUACGCUUAAAAUGAGGUAACCGACUUACUAACUCAAUUACUUUUUGCAAGAAGUCAUGUAUAACUAAUUAUUAUUAUUUUUUUAAACGUAAGAUUUCCAACACUGGUAACAACUGUUGUGUAGCCCAAAGAAUCGGCGUAAGAGUAGCAUUUCUUCUUUACAAAUCUACUCAAGUAAAAGUAAAAAGUGGUAAAACUACUCUUAGAAAUAUAUGAUUCUCAAACCGUUACUCAAGUAAAUACAAUGAAGUAAAUACUACCCACCUCUCCUCAGAGGAUUUUUACAUACCCACUGACACUCAUACGAGGCAUGGGAUUGGUUCUAGGUGCAAGAUCGACCAAUGACAGCACUAAUGAGAGUGGAUUUAAAUAUUGGUAUUGAUUGUUCUUCACAUUAAGGGGAUAGAUACAAGAUGACACAGCAGACAGAAAUGAAUAACAAAGUUUUUGAUGACACAAUGAGUCUUCAGUUAUCUUUUAAUAGCGAUUGGAAGCGUGUUGUGGCAUCGCAGAACCAGACAAGUGUGAAAAUGCGUUAUCGUUAUGGAUCGUGGAUUCUAGCCGAAGAUGAUGAAAAAAAUCGAUACGCUUGGCCUUACGCUGGAGAAUCUGCAAAAGCUGUGCAACAUGGUACAGGCUGUUCAACAAGAGAUGACGACAACAUGUUCAGUUCAGUAUCUGCAUUGAGCCGGACUUGGCGUUAUACAAGAGCAUCUCAAAAGAAAAGAACUCCCCCCAUCACUAUGCUCCUCGUCUGUCGAAAACCUUCGUCAGUUGAGACAAAUAUUCCACCCUGCUGCAGUGAAUGUACAGUAUGAUAUUUCUAUUUUGUUUACAUCCGGUGCAUUAUUUUGAAAUGUUUGUAAUUAUAGGCAUUUAUAGCAUUGAAUAUGUAUUUAUUGAUAUUAUAUACACCGAUACAUGUAUGUACAAUAGACAGCAUGUCAGUCAGGGGGCCAGAUCAUUUUUUUCUUUUUCUACUACCCUAUUGUUUACAUUUCGCGGGGUGAGUUCUGGUUCCCGUUAACCGCAAUGAGCGAGGGAUCACUGUAAUCCUUAUCUAUCCCCUUCCAAUCUGUGCACUUUCAACACAAAUGUUACAAUUGUGACCAAUUCUAAUGAAAUGAAUCCUAUCCAGAGUCUAUCCUUUGCCGUUAUAAAAACUGCAUAAAUUGUACAGUGGAAGUUUUUACAUUGUACUAUUUUCAUAU